AUGCUUGCGCCUGCGGUUGCAUUUAGACCGUUAUCGACAAGCAACAUGUUAAGAUCGGAGGCAAUAUCGAUGAGCACCAAUAAGCCUCAAGAGCAUCAAAUCACCAACAUCAUAGACCCAAACAUGAAGCAGCAAUUAUUCAAAGGACGCAAGAAUGAGAAAGUUGUUUUGUGGAAACUCUACGGGUCGUUUCACAGACACAACACUUUGUUAUCGUUAGUGGCCGUGGUAGAAGACCAGGACUUCAUGGAAAAGAACGAACACUUGACUUACAACGAAAAGGUGUUAUACUACUUACAAUUACCACACCACACCAAGAUCCACGUUUCCGCGGGUCAACUAGGAUUCAGAAAGGCUCAGAGAUCCGAAUACGAAGCCGGAUACCAGGUGAGUGCCAGAAUGUUCAAAUUAAUCGAAGAAAGAAACUUGCUCGGGCCAAACGACAAGAUCGAAAUGAUUUUGAAGGACUUUGGAAAGGGUAGAGAAGCGUUCUUGGCCGCGUUGCAAGGUAAAGAAGGGUCAAAGGUCAAGCCUAACAUCAUUAGAAUAAGUGACAACACCAAAUUACAGUUCGGUGGUUCGCGUCCUAAGAAAUUACGUCGUUUGUAG